GAUUAGGUACAGGUUUUCUACGGUUCCCGGUUCGUUCAGGUGGUCAAAAAAGUGCAAAACCAAACGUAAAGUUCAAACUUUCGGUAGCUUUCAGUCCGUAAUUUCGUACGUUACGUAAUAGCGGUAAUUUCUCACCCUUUUGAAAACCUACCCUGUUCGAUUUUCAAAAUGAUAAGUGCGCAAGUUAAUCUUUUCGCGAAUAAAAAUGCUCCAGGUUCGGUGGUCUCUCUUAUCUCAAACAUGGUGGAUAUACCUAAAUGCAGAAAUUUCACGAUACGAGUAUACGUUUUACUUUUAUUUAUUUAGUAAGCUUGCAAAAAUGUUUUAGUUCUGUGAUUCGGUACGAAUAGAAUAAUGCGUUAUUUCACUAACGACAUUUGUAAUGGAAAUAAACACGAACCUAAACCAUGAUGAGACACAUUGUUACACCGAUCUGUGAUAAAUCUGUCGAAUAAAAAGGCUGAAUUUACCUAUGGAGAAUUCUACGUUUAGUAGUGAGAUCAGCAACAUGGAUAAAAUGGAAUAUCAGUGUAAAGAGAACGGCGAAGUUUAUAAAAAGGUGAUAUUCGAGCCUAUACGUAUAGGUCCGAUAUCAACCCUCGAUGAAAUGGAUAACAAAGUGUUGCAAUUUCAAAAUAAAAAACUCGAGAUGAAAAUGGAAGAGUAUCAAAGAGUCGAGAAUGAAUUACAACAACGUAUCCAGCAGCUGGAAAAACGACAGAGUCAAGACGAGACUGUUUUGAAUAUAGUUAAUACGUACUGGAAUCAAUUGAAUGACGAUGUUGGAGCUAUAUUGUUAGAUGUAGAUGAUGAAUACGAUACUGAUCAAAUUGAAAGCGAAACUGCUUUGAAUUUCAUCAACGAGAUGACAAGUUGGGAUGAAACGCAGAUUGACGAAAAACUCAUGAACAGUGUUCAGAUAUCUACUUCAGCUAUGGCCAAGAUUAUUCGAGCCUACGAUCACAUGUUAUCGAAAAAUUACAAGAUACUUUCGUCGUUGAAAUUACUAGCUGGAGAAGAUACCUCGAUCGAUCCAACCAACGAUAUCGAAUACACCGAUUCCAAAAUCAAACACAAGCUCAACUUCGAUAACCACGAUAAAAGGCCAUCGAAAUUGAACAACCACGACUCCGGCUCUUUGGAUAAACACGAUAGAAAACGAAUGAAACUAGAAUCGUCCAGCGAAACCAAACAAAUCGAUCAAACUGAUUCGGAUAUAGUUACCGAGAGUAAAAAAGAAACUACCUCAUUUACCAAAACUUUUUCUAAUAGGCAUUCAACUAGCUCCAAUAAAGUUACCUGUGAUUCUUAUCAUAAUCAUGAAUCAUACAAAGAAAGAGCUUCAAAUCGUAGUGAUAAUUCAGCCCAUAAUCACGAUCCCGGUAUCGUCUGCAAUGGUAAAUUAAACGACGAUAUCGCCCAUAAGAAAACCAACAUCAGUCCCGAAGUCAAAGCCGUUGUUUCGGAAAUCGUAGAUAAAGUAGCACAUCAGUCAAAGGCUCCCGUCAAACAGGUUUUUUUCGGCGACGAUGACGAAAUUAGAGCUUACGUUAACGAACAAAAGGCUAGAAGAGAUAAAGAUUCGGUUUUUCGAGACGAACAAGAAGCAGUAUGCGAUAAAGAAUUGAAGAAUAUUUGCGUCGAAAUUACUCACGAUAAUGUUAGACUGCAGAAUAUCAUCAGCGCUUUUCAGAACCAUCAGCAGAAAAUUUUAGCCAAUGAACAAAAAAUCGACGAUGAUUUAAGCAUUAAAAUGAAAGAAUACGAGGAAUGGAAGUCACGUGUCGAUGACAAAGAAUAUGAAAACGAAAAACUGAAAUGUAAAAAAUUUAAAAUCGAACGUCAUUUGAGCGAAGCUGCCGAAACACUCGAGAAAUUGAAAGUUCGAAAACGAAACCGAACAAAGAGCGAUUCUUCUGUUUCGGGUGGUAAAAAAAAUGAAGAAUUCGAAGAAGAACUAGAAUUGCAGAAAGAAAUAACAAAUAAUAGAGCAGAAGAACUUGAAAGGUUACGAGUCAAAUAUCAAAAUAGUCUGGAUGCAAUUGAAGAGCUAGAAAAAAAAUUGAAUGAUAUACCGGACGAAGUUAUCGAAGAAACUACCGAAUACAAAUGCUUGCAAUCGCAAUUUUCUGUUCUGCAUAAUGAAACAAUUCUAGUAAAGGAUCAAAUUGAAGAAUAUCAUUCGCAUAUACAAACGUUGAAUGCUACUUUUGUCAAUAAAAUGGAAAUGACUGAGACUGAAGAUUUAAUGACCCUGAGAAAGCUACAAACCGACCUUCUCCAAGUACAGCAGAAAAACUCGGGUUUACGUGAGCAAUACGAACGACUAAAAAAUGAUUUCGAAUUUCAUACCACCAUCAACGAGCAAACUGGUCCUUUAAAUAAAGAAAUGAGACAUUUAUUAAUACGACUGCAAAAACAUACCAAACAUUUGAAGCACGAAGCUCAGCGUUAUAAACGAAAAUACAAAGAACUGAGUACCGAAUUGAAUUUGCUGAGUAAGCAAAGUUACGCAGAUUCCAAAUACAAGUUGGAAAACGAAGGCAGUAACAGUUCGGAUUUCGAUGAAACCGAUUUCGGGUUCGAUGUCAGUGAUGAUUUCAUAGAUGUCCCCGUUAAAGAUGACGCUAUCGUUGAAGUGAAAAAUGAAAAACUGGAUUCUGCUUUCGAUGAUUUACUGGAUUCUUCAUUGAGUUUAUACGAUAGGCCAAUUGUGGCCAUAGCUAUCAAACAAGAACCAGAAAUCUGUUCACCGGAAUCACCGCCCCCUGUACCUGGACCUUCGAAAACGUGCUCAAAAUCGAAGAAACGUCAACACGAUGCAUUACAAGAAUGCAAAGAAGUUCUGAACAGAUCUAAGGAAUUACAAGAAUUGCUAGAAGUGGAAGAACUGGAAGAUGAAAAAAUAUUCGAAGACGAAUAUGUUCAAGAUUUGAAGAAUCAAUUGAAGAAAACAGAAACCGAGCAAAAGGAAUUGAAGUUGCUACUCGACAUGUACAAAAGCGUUAAUCGAGAUAAACGAGAAAAACAUCAGUUAGCAAUAGCAGAAAAGAAACUGAAAUCGGAUAUUGAUGAAGCUAAAAAUCAAAUGAAACGAAUUUUGGAAAUUAAACGCGAAAACAGAAAGAAAUUAGCCGAUGAAGACGCCCUUCGUAAAAUUAAAUAUUUAGAGGAGCAGAAUUUUUCGCUCUUGAGACAAAUCAACGUUCAUAAACAGGAAGAGGAAGCAUUACUCAGCGAAAUGGAGGUGACUAAUCAGGCAUUCGAAGACAUGCAGGAGCAAAAUUCACGUCUCAUUCAACAGCUUCGAGAAAAAGGCAACGCCAACAGCAAGCUGAUCGCAGAAAGUAUGAAGUCUACUUUAUUGUACGAUAUCACCUGCGACGAAAAAGAGAACCUGCAAGCGCUGAUUACUGCAACUUCAAAACAGUUGGAUUCUGUAACGACGGUAAUGAAAGAACUAGAAGAAAAAGAACUAGUCUAUCAAACAGCCAUCAACAACGUCGAGAAAGAAAUUAAUUUAAGGCAACAGGCUUUAGAUUUGCAUAGAAAAAAAGCUUUCGAAUACGCUCAACGUUCUUCCGAAAUGAAAAUUGCUCUAGAAAAAUACUUGAACGAGGUCAAAGAAUCGCGACAACAAAUCUCAGAAAAAUCGAGCGCUUGCGAUGCUGAAACAUUCAAACACAAUCGAUUGCACGAAGAAUUGAGUUCACUGCGUCGUAAAUUAGAAAGAAUUCGAAAAAACGAAGCUCCCGAAACACCCGAUGUCGUGUUAGUCGAACAGGUUCGCGAGUACAAGGAAAUGCUGACUUGUCAAUCGUGCAAAGUACGCAGAAAAGACGCCGUGUUGACUAAAUGUUUCCACGUAUUUUGCUGGGAAUGUCUACGGACACGAUACGAAACCAGACAACGUAAAUGCCCCAAGUGUAAUGCAACUUUCGGAGCGAACGAUUAUCAUCGUUUGUUUUUCGCCAAUUAAUCGUGAUCUUGAAUACGAAAAUAUGAAAAGAAAACCGCGUCAUUGAAAACGGCGACGGAAGCCGAGUUGCUAUAAUUUUUAGGUUACCACAUUAGCUUCCACUUUUUCCCUCUUAUUAAAAAUAUUUUAAACAUGAUAGUUGUACGCUAUACAUAUUAUUUAUAUAUGUAUUUGUUACACGUAUUUUUUCCAUUCCUUCCAUUAAGAUGACUGAGAAAAAUUUUUCGUUUUUAUUGGAGUACGAAGUACAAAUUAUUCUAGUCACUUUAUUUUAUUUUAUAAUUUCAAAUUACUAGAUUUCAAACUAAUUAUAGGUUAUGAUUAAGUAGGUAUAAUUGAGAAGGAAACGAAAAUAGGUACGUCGAGCACAAAUUUUAUGUAUGUAUUUGUAGAUGUUAAUAAUUUUCAGUAAGUAUCUUCCCUUUUUUCGCCCCAGGAGAAAGUUUCAUACUUGUCUAGGGCUACAUUGAAAAAAAUGUAUCGAUGAUUUUUUUCUAAAAAUAAGUUUUCCAAUGCGAAUUGAUGAUGUAAAGCAAUGAUUCGAUUUUUAAUUUUUGAAAACUUUUUGGUGUUUGAUUUUUAUUAUGAUUUUUGUAUGAUUUUUGUCUUUUUAAUUUUACCAUUUUUUUCAAGUAUUUUUUACCCGUUUUGGAAAUUCGGUUUUUGUUAUUUUUCAGUUUUUUCCCUCUUUUUCUCAUGUUUUAAAGAUUUGUUUUUGCGAAUAAAUUCUUUGGACUUAU